CAGAAGAUGAGGUUGUGAAUAAAACAUUAUCAUCUGAGAAUGAAAGAUCAUCAAUAGGAAACAAUUUUAUUAUGGAUCUACACAUUGAACUUAUUCAGGCUCAGCACCGAUUAGCAGUUAAACUACUUAUUGCAACUCAAGACACUCAAAGUGGUGACAAAAGUCCAAAAGCCAAGGGUCUUGCAAGGAAUGUAAACAAGUUAAAAUGUCUAACAGAAUUGGAGAUAAUGGAGAAAAUAAAAAAGAAUAAAUUAUCCAGAGCUCUCUAUUUGAUGCAGAAAGCUACAUUGAUGCUUCCAGAAAUAUUAGAUUGUUAUUCUGCAAAUCAGCUUCUGGAGGAAGCAUUUAUUCUAAUUCAGAAAACUGAAAUUGAACAAAAUACAUUGAAUGCCACUUUAUUAAAUCAUACAAAUAGCACGAAAAGCAAAGUUCCACCACCUCCAAUACUUCUUUUUAGGACAAAUUGUUCCAUGGCAUUUAAGCCAGCACCAUUUGCUUCAGAUGUGAAGGUUUUUUGGUACAGCAUUUUUGGGUGUGUAGCAGAAGGAAGCAAUCCAAAAGCUCGGUUAAAUAAUUACAGUCUGAAGAACACAGCAGAAGCGAUACCAGCUGAUGAAACUUGUGUCUUGGAAGUACAAGGCUUAGAGGCCAAUCAAAAUUAUGUAUUUGCAGUUGCAGCCUAUGACUCAAAUGGAAAAAUUAUUGGUGAUAGCAUUGGAGAAACAACUAAACCAAUUCUUGCCUAUCCUCCUCUAUCUAUUGCUAUUGUCCGAACAUACCUGAUUCAGUCUGCUUUUCAGAUUGAAAACUAUGCAUUAUGCAAAAAAGCAUUUCAACCACUCUGGGAUUAUUUUGUCACAGUGCCUUGUACUCCUGUUACUGAUGUCACUAUAGUUUCUGUAAGCAACACUUUGUCUGUACCGCAGAACAGGCUAAAUUUGGAAGCUCUGCCACAGACAUCUCCAAACCUCUUAUAUAUGUUUCUGAGAAGUAUUUUUAUCAUCAGUGACAUUAAUGUCAAUGAAGGAGGUCUCUUCUGUGAUUCUAUUUGUUUCAAUGAACUUAAGUAUAAAAGACAAGUUGCUAGAAUAGAUGAAUGUGGGCGAAUGCUGGUGGCAGUUGAACUUAGUAACUGGCUAAAUGAUGUUCACUAUGCCCUGCAGUCAGUUGUUAAUUGUUAUGGCCUUGUAGCUCCCCUGAUCUAUCACAAGAUUCCCUCCAAACCUGUCAUUCAGAUCAUUAUUAAGUAUCUCAUCGUUCUUCAAGAAAUUCCAAUGAUUAUAUUCCAAAGAAAACCAGCAUCAUGCUUUGAUAGUAUUCAGCACAUGAUAGCUUGUUCUUGCUUUUUCACAGCAAAGAUAUUGCGCUUAUGGAAAGAAUAUGAAUUAGCAAUAAUUAUUAUCAACUAUGGGAAAAGGUUGUUGGAUUGCUCACAAGCACCAUCUCAAGUGACUAUAACUGGAGAAGGAGCAGAUGAAAUAAUAGAAGAAGAGAUUCCCCCUAAAAGGCACAGAGCGGUUACAUUUGGAAAAGUAAAUGAGAAUUUAGAGGUUCUGGAAAACAUGCUUCUGAAACUGAUAAAAGCAGGACAAGAGCUUACAGGAGAAGAAGAUCCUUUAUUCUUGUAUCCUAUAGUUUCAAAUUGGCAAGCAAAGACUGCUUAUAAGGAAGUACUGAAAUUUAAGAAGAACUCUCGUUUCCUUGAAUAUUUUGUCAUGCUUAUAGUGAAAGCACUAAAUGAAGAAAAAUGGAUGCGAAUAAUGGAGUGGUCUGAUGAUGUUCAAGAGUAUCUUAAAAAGCGGAAUAGAUUCCUUCUUGGUAUUAAACAAGUUCCAAAAAAGAGGAAGAAGAUUCGUUCAUCUGCAGAUACAAAGAAGACCACAACACAAGAUUUUUCAAAGGUUACAGAAUUAUCAACACCAAAGAAGAGAGGUUCCAAGAAGAAAGGUCUGCCUAAACAAUCGAUUAAAACACCUGGUGGGAAAAGGAAACAAAUAGAAGAAAAAAGGAAAAUUGCUUUUGAAAUCCUGAUAAUUAAGCUAAAUAUAUGUUCUGAUAUCUACAUAAGACGAAGAAGAUAUCGUCGGCUAUAUAAUGAAGAAAUGCCAUGGCGAGCUCAGCUUAAUAUUUACCUGGCAAUUGUUCACUUUAAUUUGUUAAAAAAACGGACACAGGAGCUCCUUACUAUUGAAAAUUUUAUACAAAGUCCAGACAGUUAUAAUGAUCUGAACCCUGAAAUAUUCUCAUUAAGCAAUUCAGGCACAAUCAUGAUAGUGCCAGAGGAAGAAAUCAUAGAUUUUAAACAUCUGUCUUUUAAAAGAACGUUUUCAGGAAAAGUCAGUCGAAAACCUGACACCCCUGAUUUUACUUCCCCUGCCUUCGACAAUGGGCUUUCAUUGCCUGCUUCUAGCCCUACAUUACAAAGCAUUUCUUCAGGCACUGUUUCCAGCUCAAGCAUACUUGACCACAAUAAUUGUCUCUCCCCUGAAAUUGAUGUCAUGAGUGAAUCCACUGAACUGACCCAACUCUCAACUUCAGGCCAAGAUUCAGAACCCAUUUCUCCUGAUCGUAGUUCUAAAUUGAGUGAUAGAGACACUCCUCGGCCACUUCAAGGUUAUAGUUCUCUUAAGGAACGUGAAAAAACAACUUGUUAUUCUGCUGUGCUGGAACAUUUCACGAAAAUAUUCCUAUAUUUUAGAAGAGCUGUGGUUCUUGCCCAUCGGGGUCGCCACUGGACAUUGCUUCAGAAUGCCUGCCGAGAGCUUUGGAACUAUACUAGGGAAAUACAAAUGAUUAUUAAGCAUUCAGGAUCUUUUCAAGCACCAUUUCCUAUUAACAAGGAGAUUUUUCUUAAGACCAUUUGGUUUCCAUACUUUAUGGCAUCAGAUGUAUUGCUUGAUAUGAUAGCUGAGCUUCAAGAUAACAAUUAUGUUAAGAUUAUUGAGCCCAAGGGAAAUUUUGGUGUUCCAAGCUGCAUAGGAGGCAUUACUAUUGAUGAAGGUGGUUCCAACCUUUCUUUUGAACAUCCCCUUGACGAUGUGAACAUUAUAGAUUUCCAUGGAAUACGCCACUUCAUUCUGCAAACUCUUGAGUUUCUGUUUCGUUUGAAGAAAUGGGAAUCACUAGUUUACAUAGCUAUGCAGUUUAACACAAUUACACAUGAGAGAUAUACGGAGCAAAUAACUCCUGUGUUGGUAUUUGCCCAGAGACAGCUACAGGAAAAAAAACAACUCCGUGAAUCAGAUAAUGCACAGUCUUGCUUAGAACAAUUAAUCAUUAAUACUGGAGACAAGGUAUGCUGCAGAACCUUUGUUGCAAAAAACCUGUAUGCUGCUACAAAUUGGAAAGGACCAACUGUUGAACAUUUUGAUCAUUUAGGUAUCAGUCAAACAAGAUCAUUAUUUUCUGUUCCUCUGGAUGUGAUGGAUACGCUAAAAUGUUUUAGAGAAACACUGGAAAAAUCAAAGAACCACAGUAGAGCCCUUAAAUACAGCAGGAAAUUGCUUUCUUUAUUUCUUGCUCAUGUGCGAGACUCUUCUGGAAGAUUAAAUACAGAAAUAUAUGCAAACCAGAAGAUUUCACAUGGAAAAGUAGCAUUUGCUAUGGGAGCUGAGUUGACGUAUGAACCAGAACCACCUGAUCUUUCAGAAGAAAGUUUUACUUGCCUCAGCAUGAUUGAGAGCAACUCCAUUCCCCUGUCAAAAGUCCCAGUAGUGAUCUCUUCAUAUGAACAAACAAUUGAAACUCUUCAAAGAAACAAUCAGCAUGGUCUCAUAGUCCAGGCUUUUCAUGAACUUGGAAAUCUGCACUUUUUCACAGGAAGCAAAAGAAUUGCUUUCAAAUGCUGGUGUCAGGGCCUUGAUGCAGCUCUCAAAAUGGAUAAUGCACUUCAUCAGUGGCAAGAAUUAGAUGACUCAUCAGAGAAAACUAUUGGUAACUUGUCAAAAACAUCUCAAGUUUACUCUGAGAAAUUUAUUUCUCGGGCUGGAAUUUGGGGUUGCCUACAAGGAGCCAAUUUAGCAGCUAAAAUAGCUCAGCAUUCAUUACAGUAUAAUAUUAAGCUAAGAACCAAAACCUGCAUUUUAUCUGCUAUCCUCUUCAAGUCUUUGUUUAGAGCCUCACUACCACAUCCUAAAGCUGAUUGUGACUUUGCACAAUACGAAACAGACAUAUUAAUUCCUGGCAUUGAUUUAUUUGUUGAUUACUAUAGAGCUGAUAUUGCAACAGUUAUUGCAAAUCUCACAUUUGUUCUGCAUGAAUUGCAUUGCAGAAGGCAAAAUCUAAUAAUUUUGCCAUUGUUCACAUUAUAUCAGUACUUUGUGUCAGAAAUUUGCCGGAAUGAAAUUAAGUGUUUUGAAGGAAGAAUUUUAAAGAUGAAAGUCCUUACAGAUUUGGGAUUUUUCUCUGAUGCCUUUCAUGAACUCUGUAUUAUUAAUCGUGGUGAUAAAAUUCCUUGGAGAUUGCCUUCCGUAUACAAACGUACUAUAAAAGUUUGGAUCUGUCCAUCUUUUGAUUCAUCACAAAGCCUCUUGACAAGUGGAAAUAUGCAGGUAUUGGAAGACGUAUUUAACAGGCCUAUAAAUUCAACAUGGACUGCAGCAUGCGAAUCAAAAAUCAUGGAUAAUUUUAUAUUAGCUAAAAUGCAUUUUAUUAUUAGUUUAUCUGCAACAUUAUAUUGUAUUCCUGAAAAAGUAAUGAGGACAGCAUAUUCUACUGACUCUGAUACUUUAAGAAAGUCAGGAAGAAAUACUGAAGCAAUCAUGAAAGGUUAUGUAUUACCUCCAUCAUAUACAAGUGGAAAACGAGAAUCUGUCUUGAUUGUAGAACUUGAAAGGAACAAAGACAUGUUAAAUACUUCUAUUCUGAAGGGAAUUUUAUUGGGAGAAGCUGAAGAAAGGAUUAAUCUAAUUCUUGAAACCAUACAAAAUAAGUAUGGUGCACUGAUAUAUAAGUGUUCAGCUGUAGAACUGGAAAUUGUCAUUGAAGCUAAACUUCAGCUUGCAGCUAUUGCUCAACAGAGACUUCAAACAGCUUUCAGUGCUGCACUGGUUUUUUCUGCAAUAAAACUACUCCAAGAUGCAGAGGUUUUCACAGAUACAUCUAAUUCUCAAAAAGAUGCAGAGAAAACAGAUAAGGGAUAUGAUGGAAGGAUUUCUGCUGAGGAUUCCAAUCUUAUUCACAAUGUAACAGCACGAGAACAUUUGAAUAUACACAUAUGGCUAAAAUGUCGUUUGGCAUUAGUGAUUGCAAUUACAGCACAGGCAAGAGGCAUUGAAAUAAUGAAAGAAAAUGAAUUAACAGAGUGUUCUAGUCUGAUUAAUGAAGUAAAAAUGGAAGCGGAAGCAUUCAAUGAUAUUGAGACUCUUGCUGAAAUUACCAUGCAAGCCGUUAUACUUGGACUUCAAGAAAGACUACCAGUGGCUGAUAUUAAGCUUCAUUUACAGAAUGUAAUCAAAUUGCUUGAAGAAACGACACUGAUUUCUCCACCAGCUAAUUUAAUAUUAGUAGAGAGUAUGCUUCUACUAGCUGAUAUAAUGAGAACAGAAACAGAAGAUGGUUCAGAAUCAUGUAAAACGGACCAGUUGAAUGUAUUAGUUCAGGCACAUGAACUAGUAAUUAAACAGCUGUUUAUUUUGGGGCAAUCACUUGAACAACAUGGACAAGAUCCUACUUUAACAACUAUAAAAAUGCCUAUGAUGAACAUAUACCUGCCACACAUCGCACUACUGGCAAAAAUCAAAAUGAGAAUUGGGCAUACCUUAACUUUAGAAUUAUUAUGUAAAUCCAAACCACAAAGUGAGUUGCAGUGGUUAAAAGCCCUACAAUACACAGAAACAGCACUAAAUCUUUGCAUAGCAUCAGUAAAAGAAGAUUUAGAGCUAGAAGCAGAACUUCUUUUUCGAAAAGGAAGAAUAGAACGACAACUUGAUUCAUUAGGUCUUAAUAAAUCAGAAUUAGCUGUUGACAGCUUGUUGGAUGCCAUAACUUUAAGCCUGCUGAGUUACCAGCACUAUGGAUUAAUAAGAAGAUCAUAUAUGGAGAUAGCGCUGCUUUAUUUUUAUUUAUGUACAAACAAGGAAGAGUCUCCGACGUCAGGUACUGUGAAAGGAAGAACAUUUAAGCAGAAGUUUAAUAACAGACUUUCAGCUACUUCUGGGGAAAUUACUCUUCCUGAAAUGUACAGAGUACAAGCCUGGAUUGCUGUAAGAAGUGCUGCACAGGUCAGUGAAGCAAUUCUGACUUGUCAGCAGUUAACUGGAAGAAAGGCUAUUAAAUUGUAUCACAUGAGACAAAGACUGCAACAAAGUAUGCCUGAAUUUGCUCUUCUGGAUCUCAGUUCUUCUUACAAAGAUUUUUUGUCUGGAAAAUACGAAGUUACUUAUAAAAUUCCCGUGGUGUGUUCUGUACCAGAGACAAAAUCAGACUGUGACGGAGUUGAAAGAGUCGCUUCUAAAGAAAACCAGGGCAAACUGGGAAUACCUUGGCUUCAUGUACUACGCUACCAUACGUACUUAACCAGUUUUUUGAACCAGAGUCCAUUGGCUGCUGUCCCAAAAGCAGGAAAAGGCUUAUUUGUUAAAGAAGAUGUGCUUUUUACCUCGGUGCUUGACACAACAAUUGCUCUGCGCUUGGCAAAACUUCAUUAUUUUUUUAAAAGCCAUUUGCCCAUUUAUUCUGGCUGCUGUCUUCAAGAACCUCCGAAACAACUGUAUAUCAUGGAGAAAUCUUCCCUUAGCAUGACUACAAUUGGAAAGGGAACUCUAGGAUCAUGUGGACUUUCCCAAAGAACACCAUCUAUGAAAACGAUUUCCAAUACUUUUAGUUUUGAGGUAGACAUGCAUUCAGAAAACAAAGCAACCUGUACUCCAAUGAAGGAACUUUGCGUACAGUGGUACCUUCCCUCUUUGGUAAAAUCAUCAAAUGAAGAAGAGACUAUGGUUUUGUUCAUUUUUGCUUAUAAUGUAAAACCUGUCAGAAUUAUCAACAUCAAUUCCUUCAAUCCAGCCAACAUAUACUGUGGUUAUUUAUGGAUCCCACUGAACAGAGUUAUUGCUGUACGUGAAAAAUUGGCUGAUUUGAAGCAACAAGUUGAAAUGUUAAUACAGUCACAGAUGACUGAACAGAUUGAAAUACAGAAAAGUUUACCUUCUAAAGGACUUGGAACUCAUACAGGAAAAGUGCUAUUGGAUGAAAACACAAAGCAAAUGGUUAAAGUGUGCUUUUCUGAAAUAAAAGCCUUGUUGUCUAUCACCACGGAUCAUUCUGCACCGCUUACAGAGAUCCCAUUUGAGAUCACUCUACCAUCAAUAAAAAAUUUAAGCAAAUUGUUUGAUCCCGCAAAUGGAUGUGUAAUAAUGGCAGGAAAUGUUUUCAACUGGAUAGUAUCUCUGCUUCCUUGAAUGGUUUUUCAGGAGUAAAACUGACGUUUCAUUUAAUGAUCGAUUUGACAGCUUUUUGGAUCAAUAGUCCAUCACUGAAACAACUGGAACUCUGUUACUUGAAGCCUAGAACUGAUUCAUAAAAAUCUUUAGAUUUAUAAAAUAUUUUAAGCAGUAAUAAUUUAAAUAAUUAACACAUUCAGUUGAUUUUUGAAAUUUUUGUUGCUCUUGGUUUAGGAACAUUAUUUUGGGUGCUUCACUUUAUAUAUCUUGGUUCAAUAUGGUUUCAGUUUCAUUGUUUUCUUCAAAAAUAAUAAAAAUAAAGUCAGUUACACAGUUCUUUUGAUUGCAUUGUUAAAUGAAAACCAUUCCAUUUAAUUGUAUGAAAUAUUUUUCUAUUUGCCUUAACUGUUUAAAAGUAAUUAUUUGGCACCAGAUAUGAUAUUCUUCCAUCAAAUUCUAGUAGCAGUCAGUAUGUUGCAGCUUUUCAUUGAAUGUUUUAUUUGUAUUUCUCGAUAUAUUUGUAUAUUGUUAGAACUAGGAUGUUAAAAUACUGUAGAAGUGACACCUGCUUAAUCUUGUCUACGGAGUUUUUGUUACUUUUGAUAAUAUUUAUUUUGCAAGUUAGAAAUACAAACAUUAUCUCCAUUCUUUUCUCUUAGCUGCUGUAAACAGCGAGAUAUUUGCCUUUACAUUUGCAUCUUCAGACUACAAGAAGAAAGGAAUAAAACCACAUUUCUAUUAAUGCACUUGGCAUAGGUGUAAAUAACAAAUAAUUAAAAAACUGAAAAUACUACAUUAACAUCUAUAUAUCAACUUAGUUUUCAAAGAUUCAGUAAGAAGCAGAGAAUACUGCACUACUCUCCUGAUUAAAAAAGAUGCCUAAAA